AUGAUGAUGGCAACAAAGGGCAAACGCCCACUGCGGCAUCUUACCGCCACGGACAAGAUAGAUGCUAUUCAACGGAUUCACGACGGUGAAUCCAAGGCUUCCGUGGCCAGAGAUAUCGGCGUCCCGGAGUCAACCCUGCGAGGCUGGUGUAAGAAUGAGGAAAAACUUCGUUACAUGUCCCGCCAAUCAGCAGAGAAUGCGGAAAAAUUGACCAACGAAGCAACAGCCGCUGCACUGACUGCUGCAGCUGCUGCCGAAUUAUUCAGUGGACCUCCGGAGAAGCGUCUGAAGCUUGAGCAGGGUUUGUUUGGGAACGGGAAAAUGAAAUACGAUGAUAGCUUCUACAAGAGUCCGAGAGGGCCGAUGAACGGUUUGGAUCUCAGCGGGGGUGACAAGGGUUUAGGUGUUUCAGGAGGGGACAUCAUCAUGAACGGAUUGCACGGUGCGGACUUCAGUUCAUUUGCUAAGACAGCUGCGGAAAUAUCCGCUUUGAGCAAAUCCAAAGAGCUCAAUCUGAAAGGUUACGGGGCAGAUCUUAGCAAACAUGGCGAUCCGACAAAGGCAGAUCUUUCGAUGGCUGCCAUUAGUCCACUGACCAGUCUUAGCCACCUGUCUGGAAUGUCCAGUCUGGCUCAGAGUCCUUUGGCGUUGAGCUUUAACGAAAUUGCCAACAACCUGAAUCUAAUUGCACAGCUCAACAACAACCACAACUUGGCGACCAUGUCCAACUUGGGAGGGCUAAGUGCAGCUCAAUCGCUGCGAAAUGCACGCCCGAAAGGCAAUACUAGUCAGAGCCCACGCACAUCCAGUCUCUCGGAAUCCAAUGGAGUAGACAAAACUCCAUCACUAACAGUGCGCAACUUGGCCAAACUGCAGCAAAAAACAUCUUCCGGCGAUCUCGGUAACGGUAUGCUUCAUGGUAUUAAUCUAAACGACAAAUAUAAACAACAACAACCAUCUGCUGCCCCUCUAGGUCGUGAUCCAAAUGCACCGGUUGACGAAGCGCUCUGGUAUUGGCUUAAAUCCCAACAGGCAAUGCUCGGUCUGAACAAUAUCUAUUCGUCAAUGCCUCGCCCCGCAAGUCCCCAGCAGAGUUCAUCGCCCCCCCAACAACAUCAACAGGUCCAACAUCAUCCGUCAACACAAACACCGACGCCACCCAUCGUAUCGACCCCGCAACCGACCCCCCCAUCAUCGGCACCAUCGCUGACUCCGGAAGACACUAAGAACUCUUCCUGGUUCUGGCAGUGGUACAAAACUUUCGGUGCAUCGCUGAUCCCCGGUGACAAGUCCAACAACAACACCAUCAACGCCAACGCCAACUCGAAGCCAGCUCCGACUUCGUACGAGAAUAUCCUUUAUUCACAGCUUACCAAAGGGCAAAACUCCACCGAUUCGCUCAACAACAAUGCUCAACCCAUCAAUCUCAACAUCAACAGCUCAAACGAACCGGAAAACCUCAAGGCAGAACCAGAGGAUCUCUCCAACCACAACAAUUCCACAGUCAACCAGUUGGUCACACCCCCGGAAGAUCACCAUCGUUUCAAUCCCAGCCCUUCAACUAGCCUGAAGUCUGACCGUAAAGCGGAAGAUGAAGACGAACAGCCGGAUACGCAUGGUGAGGAAGAUCCAACCGAAGUGUCUAAGUGCAACGGGAAAGCUCAACAACUUCUGGACAAUUUCUUGUUCCACAACCAAGCCAGCAACGAUCGAGCAAGUCCGGCUUCGGCUCGCCGAUCCGUCAGUCCAGUGGUUAGCAGCAAUUUGAACGGCAACAGUGAUCCAGAGGAAAAUAAAGAUGUCGUCCAUUCGAAUGGACACCCGACUGCUUCCGAGACACCUGUCGCUGCCACCGAUGAGUUGAAAAGCGAUAUCUCGGAGGACUCCAAUCAGCCCUUGGAUGCUAUCGUUGACAUAAAAAGUUCCGCUGAAGCCGUAGAACAUGGUGAAAAGUUCCUCAAAUGGCUCGAAUCUUGCAGUGAUCCAAACGUUACCGCCAUGCAGGUCGUACAGUUCAAGUUUCUAUUAAAUAGUAUCAAACUGAGUGCGGAACGGCAACAUCAACAGGCCACAUCCAGCGGCAGCGGUGCCGGAGAGGAGCGCAGAGUGCGACGGCGAAAGUAG